UUUAUUCGAAUUUUAGCAGGCGGCUAACUAUCAAGUUCCCAACAGACCGUCAGCCUCCAACUUCAGAAUGCUCAACGGGUUACGUGUCCAUGGCGGAGAGCAAUGACGGAGGAGUUUGACGAAGAUGUGGUAUUUGAGAACUCCCCUCUUUUCCAGUACCUGCACGAUUUAGGGCACACAGACUUUGAGGCAUGCCCAACGGCAUCACAAGAGGAGGAAUAUGGUGGACAAGAGGGAGAUCUCACCUCUGCUGGGGAAAAUACACCCGAGACUUCAGGAGGACGGUUGUGGAGACUGGCUGAGGCCUUGUGGAGAUGGAGCCCCUUUCACCAGGAAGCUUCAUCUCGUAAGCUGGAGCAGCAACUGGACACCGUGUUUGGCCAGUACUCGGUCAGGUGCAUUCUGGACCAGGACGUGCUGCUGCAGGAGGAUGUGGAGCUGAUUGAGCUGCUAGACCCGAGUCUGCUCACCCUCGGCUCGUCCCCCUCUGGCUCGCCCAGCCGAGGAAGCAGCCUGCCCAGACCAAGCCUCAUCGCCAGCCCCUCACUAUGGGAUGUGGCGGGGCUGGUGGGCCUGGCUGCCGUGCUGCUGGGACUCUGCUCCUACUCUGAAGGCCUGUGGUUACAGGCUGCUCCUCCGUGGGGUCUGGCCCUGCUGGCCUGGGUGGGACUGAGGGGGGUUCAGCUCUGGAGACAGGCCCGUAUGCAGAGAGCCGUCCACACCAGGGCCAUGCAGCUCCAGACUCUAAUGCACAACAGCAAGACUCUUACUGGACUGUCUCGCAAAGCCCUGCGUUUGGUGCAGGAGACGGAGGUCAUCUCCAGAGGUUUCACGCUGGUGAGUGCGGCCAGCUCCUUUAGCAGGGCAUGCCCGGGGGCGGUGCCGCGCGGCCAGCAGCUGAUCGGACUGAGGAAGGCCUUGUACCGGGCCCUCCGCUCGGCCUUCAGAGCCUCUCGCAGGGCCACCUGUCACAUGCUGAAGGCGUUCCCUCUGAACUCUGAGAUCGACAAUGUGACCAACUACGUGUGCGCGGUGCCUCUGAAGGAGCUGGGACUCGGCCUGGGGAUCGAGCACCUGGGUGACGAGCAGGCUCAGGAGCUGACCGACGACUACAGCCUGCCUGCACUGAAGAUGCUGUUCCAGCUGUGGGUGGGACAAAGCUCCGAAUGUUUCCGCCGGCUGGCUCUUCUCCUUUCGCCGUACAACACAGAGGAGCAAGAGGAGAGCGCGUCCAAAGGAGAGAGCUCUCCACCUCCUCCUGCCCCGACGUACAGGUCCAUCGGUGCUGUGACAGAACCCCUUUAUCAUUCUCUCACCAGCUGCCUCUGCGAAGUGCAGCGCAGCUACGACUUUCACCGACAUUUUGAGAGCCAGCCGAGGACUGCAGGCUCCGACAGGACCGGACGAGCCAGGGAGAAGUGCCGAGAGCUCAACACCCUGCAUACCUCCAUCCGAAGCCUGCAGCUGCACCUCAAGGCCUUGCUCAGCGAGAUGAUCAUUCUGGAGGACGAUCUGGAGAAGCUCAUGGUGUCCAAGCAGUUGACGGAGUUGACGCUCAAAGGCUACCAGGACCUCAGCCAACGGUUGCACCAGCUGCAGCCGCACAUGCAAGCCAGCAGUGGCUGCUGGGACGACACCAUCAGCCAGGUGGAUCGCAUGCUGAGACGGGCCAACGCCUGUCCAGGUAAUCCUGAUUCUUCGGUGAAGUGUGGUCCCGUUUUCCCUGAAAUUCCUCCUGCUCCUCCAUCCUACCCCUUGAUUGUGGACAGAGACCCAGUGCCAGAAGAACUGGAGUGGGAGGCCUACGUGUCUGACUCAGACUCUGACAAGGAAGGCAGAGGGUCAUGGUUUGACAUGUGGUCUCCGGAGGAGCGGGAACGACAGCGGAGGGAGAGGGAGGAGUCUCGCCGCGUCCUGUCAGAGCUCAAAGCUGUCCUGGGCUUCCGCGCAUCCGACAUGGAGAGGAUGAAGAGGAAGCAGCUGCUGUUCAAUGACCAAGCUGCGCCUACAGUUCUCACAGAGAGUGUUGAUCCUGCCACAAAGCUGUCAGAUGCUCCGACUUCAGUUGGCGCUGUAGAAACUGGGGAUGAAGGAAACCACCUUUCAGAGCCCUAUGCAGGAAAUGCAGGGGAGGAAGAGGAAGAAAAAGAUGGCCGGGUGAGGCCUGACCCCUCCGCAGACCCUGUGACGGAGUUCAGCUGCGGCGAGGAGACAGGGGAGUCGAGGGGAACUUCAGUCUGCAAUAGAGGAGGAGGAGGACCAUCCGAGCUGCACCAGUAUGAUGGUGUCGAGAAGGAGGAGGAGGAGGAGGAGGAAGAUGAGGAGGAGGAUGGCGGCGAGAAGAGGGAGGGCCAGAACGGUCUGGACUGCUUCCUGAAGCCCAAAGUCACCGCUGUCACAGUGUUGGACAGACUGACAGAGAUGCACGGCACAGAGACUCUCAGUUUCAGCUCCGUCCUCGCUGCGCAGGUGGCCGCCCGCUCGCACUCGCUCAUCAAGAUGGAGGAGCAGACAUUUGGAGAUGAUGAGGAAGACGGAGAGGAAGAGGAGAGCGACUCUGAGAAAGAUGAGACAUUGAUCCCUGCUGCUUUAACCAACCACUGAGCUGAGACUAUUUAUGUCAGAUUGUCUUAUUUUACUGGGUCUGUGUUACAUCUUAAAAAUCUUCUGAUGUGGAGGUAUUUCAAACACUUUCUAUUACCCGUCCAUUCAUGUUGAUGUCCAUGGAACCACAAUUCUUACUGCUGUUUUGCUGUUGAAUCUCAGGUACCAGAACCACUGACACAAUUUAUAACCUCACGGUAUUGAGGCCAGAUGAGGAAAAAAACAACCUCAGUUUACCUGAUGACAACCAGGUAAGGUAGAGCAUUCAUUCAGUAGAUCUACAAGUAUGUUUAAAGAGGAAAAGUCGACUUUUCACUCUCAGUGAAAAAUACAAAUAAAAUAAAAAACACCCCCAUCUGAGUCAGUGUCAAGAGAAGAAGAAUCUUAAAGGUAUAAUCAGACAGAACAUUGAUUUCUCUCCUAGAUUUUUUUGUUUUUAUCUGCUCUGAGGUUGAUGUGCCAGCAACACUGAUGUUUUUACUUGCAGUUAUUUUAGUUAAUCAAAAAAUAAGGAAUGUUUUCCUUUUUUAAAGAAAAUUUAGCAAUACAGGUCACAUGAUUUGACGUGAAAACCUGCCAGAGCAUCGUGAAUGCACUGCAGUUUGUGCGGUGGAUAUCCUGCAGGUGAAUGAACACAAAUAUCCCACGUUAAAAUUCAGACGACCCCAUCAGCCCAUCUGAGUGCUGUUAAGCAGCAGUCAGCUGAUUUCUUUCUAGCAGAUGCAUGUGGGGGGAGCUCUGUGGGGAGAGGAAGCUGAAGGCUUUUUUUUUUUUUUUUUUAGAGCUCUAUUUCUGGCUGCCCCCCCCACCCCCAGCCUGCGGUCUAUCUCUGUGUCAUUUGACGGGACACAAUAGGGGUGACACAGUUGGUCCUACAUUCAAAAUACUAUUUCCACUGGCAUAUUUAAGGUACUCUGUUGUAUCAAAGAAUGACUCAUGAAGUGUGACACAAUCCCCUUUAUUAUUUUUUUAUUGUCUGUCUUUACUUGGGCAUGCUCAGCAGAAAUGUCAGGGUUCAAACUGAAUUUUUGGUCAUGAAUGUAACUAGCUAUGGUGAGGAUGAAGAUAAAAAAAAUAACUAAAAAACAUGUACGGGUAAUGAGAUAAACUGAAAAUGUGCGAGGGCAGUGUAUACAUUUUAAAUUAGGUGUCUGACAGUCCUGAUGUUCUCCCCCUCCUCCAUCACCACCUCCUGGUCUUUCUUGUCACCAUGUUUGCCUUGUCCUGGCCCCUCCCGCAUUUUCCAGUGUGAAAUAAAAUACCAUUCUGGAAGUGUUCAACGAAGUCUGUCCUCACGCUCGUGUUUCACAGGGGGGAGGGUUAAGGAACAGGUUUGGCCUUUUCUUUUAUUUGUAUUUCUUCUUUCUAUACGCUUUGUUGGAUUUUCCUAUUGUCUGGUCAACAACAGCUGUUGUAGGUCUUUUAAGUCCCUCCUACCUUGGAAAGCUCAUACACAGAUCUGCUUUCGUACUUUUGUGUUUCUUGUGCAUAUUAAAGGAAAUAUUUGCAGGGAUUACAAGUUACUUUACACAUUUAGAUUUUAAAAGUAUUUUUUGGUGGAAAAACUGCACUGUUGCUUCCUCAAAAUCCAACACAUGAAGGCAAAAUAAGUGCUUCCGAAACUAUUUGGAGUUUUAUUUUUAUUUUAUUUUCUUUGGCCUAAAAUAUUCUUUUACAGAAGAGUUUUAUCAACUAGAAGUCUCCCAAACAUGUACAGAUUAGAAGUCCAUCCAACAAUUAAUUUCUAUUAUUUUUUAUUAUUUAUUCAGGUUCAGGUCACUGGGACAGCAGGAGAAUCUAAUUUUAUCACAAACAUAAUAGCCGCAGGUUUGGCAAAAUGGUAGUUCUUUCUUUAUCUUUCUUUAAUCUUUAUUUAAAUAAAAAGUUAAUUUUGUAAUCCAAGAAAUGACUUGACUACCACACUCUAUAUAAAACAAAAGUCUCUUCAUGUGAUUUAAGAAAAAAUACAGUAUUUUCUUAUAAAACACGUAUAGUGGUAGUGCUGCAGUUAGAGCUACAAUACAUCAGACUUGUAGUAUGGUGUUUAAUGAAAUAGCUGUGCCACCUAGUGGUUACUUCUAAUCACUGUUACUAGUGCUUGUGGCGAUACCCCCAUCAAA